UACCCUCACCCAAGUUCGGGGGCACAUAAACCAACCCAUGGUCCAUUCACACCCAAAGAAAUGAAACCCGGGUCACAUCUUCUGAAACUUUGUCUCGAAUACCUGAAGUAUUCAUGUCAACUGUAAAGAGCGGUAGGCAUGCAUGCGAGUUCUAGACCAGGUCCAUGGCGAGUCGGGUUUUCCCUCUUGCUUCAGGUGAAUGUCUGUGAAACAACACAAGACGGUGCCAAAGUCUUGAACGAAGGUAGUUCUACCGUUUCUCGCGAUGGCAAUGACAGCCGUCUGUCUAUUCAGCUCACACGCCGCCCCAGAAACAGGAACUGUCAGUCAAGGCGGCGGGUGCGCUUUUGUGUGAUUACCAUGGACUGCUAGGCAAAUAGAGAGCUGCCGUGGCACGUAGAGUUGUUAU